AUGGCCUACAGCUGCUCCUGGGCACUUUACGGUCUGAGUCAGGGCUUUCGGGUAUCAGGGCACGAAGGGCCGAAUGGCCUGUUUGGAUGCCGGAAGAUCAGGCCGCCCCCGGACGGUGGGAUCCGUUACCCCGGGCUGACCCAGGAGCAGAUCCAUUCCAUCGAGAUCCUCCCCGUGGCCUACGAGAUCGAGUUUGUCUGCAGGGUCAACCGCGAGCUGGAUGGGCCCCGGGUCCGCAAGUGCCUGGCCAAUGGCAUGUGGACAGAGAUGGACAAACGCAGCCGCUGCCUGAGAAACUGCUCAGCACUGGCCCUGAAGUUAGAAAACGGGCACGCGCUGACGAGAGAUCCGAGCAGGGCUCCAGUGGAAGGAACCAUUGUGCAAUACCGUUGUAAUCCUGGGUUCAUUCUGGUUGGCAGCUCCAAUCUCGUCUGCAACAAAUACGGCAAGUGGAACACCAGCAAGCCCAUCUGUAAAGUGAACCGUCUGCCACACAGUGACAAGCAGACCCUGUACAUCGGAGCCCUGUUCCCCAUGAGCGGGGGCUGGCCGGGGGGACAGGCCUGUCUCCCAGCAGCACAGAUGGCACUCCGGGAUGUCAACAACCGCUCGGAUAUUCUGCGGGACUAUGAGCUGCAACUCAUCUACCAUGACAGCAAGUGUGACCCUGGGAAGUCCACCAAGUACCUGUACGAGCUGCUCUACAACGAGCCCAUGAAGAUUGUCCUCAUGCCCGGCUGCAGUGGAGUCUCGACCCUGGUUGCUGAAGCAGCCCGGAUGUGGAAUCUGAUUGUGCUCUCGUACGGUUCCAGCUCUCCGGCUCUCUCCAACCGCCAACGCUUCCCCACCUUUUUCCGGACCCACCCGUCCGCCACCCUCCACAACCCCACCCGGGUCAAGCUCUUCAAGAGGUGGGGCUGGACGAAGAUAGCCACCAUUCAACAGACCACGGAAGUCUUCACCUCGACUCUGGAUGAUUUGGAGCAGCGGGUGAAGGAGGCUGGGAUUGAGAUCAGCGUGCGGCAGAGCUUCCUCACAGACCCUGGCGUCGCUGUCAAAAACCUCAAGAGACAAGAUGCCCGCAUCAUCGUCGGGUUGUUCUACGAGACCGAGGCGAGGAAGGUCUUCUGUGAGGUAUACAAAGAGAAGCUGUAUGGUAAGAAGUACGUCUGGUUCCUGAUUGGCUGGUAUGCUGACAACUGGUUCAAGAUACAGGAUAAUAACAUCAACUGCACGGUGCAGCAGAUGACUGAGGCUGUGGAGGGGCACCUCACCACAGAGAUCCUCAUGGUUAACCCCACCAACAGCAGGGGAAUCUCCAAAAUGGUGAGCGCAGCUCGAACAAGAGGGGGGGUGGCUCUGCAGUUAUAA